AUGGACACAGACACAGGCAUGCACCAAAACCAGCACAGCAACCAACAGUUCAAAAUCCAGCACAACAACCAGCACAACAACCACCUCCACAACCAACAGUUCAAAACCCUGCACAACAACCACCUCCACAACCAGCACAGCAACCAACAGUUCAAAACCCUGCACAACAACAACCACAAACAGAGCAAGGACAUAAAAGAAGUAGAGAACAAGGAAACCAAGAAUUCUUAA